CACCCCCCAAAACUCCCCUCCACCCUGUCGCUGGGAUUGACAGGACGCUUGAAGGAGCAGUGCCCCACAAAGCCGAAAGCGGAGAGAAAAAAGGAGCUAGGCGAAACUUGGAUGAGAGAGGGCUGGGAGGGGACAGCGAGCGUUGCAUCAUAUUGAUAUAGACAUUAAAAUAUACGAAAAUUGUCUAUUUGCACCUUAAACCCUUGGCUCGCUGGUCCACCCUCACGUGCGCGGCUGCUCCAGAUUCUGCUCGCGCUUGUGUGUGCUGACCGGGGCGCGCGCUCUUUUGCCAGUGUGUGCUGCUGUGAGACGACCGACCGAACCCAGGUGCGACCGACUGACAGUCUUUGAACAGAGAGGAUGGCUGACAGGGAGCAACUGAUCCAAAGAGCCCGUUUGGCGGAGCAGGCGGAGCGCUAUGACGAUAUGGCCUCUGCGAUGAAACUGGUCACAGAGCUGAAUGAGCCGUUGUCCAAUGAAGACCGCAACCUGCUCUCCGUGGCCUACAAGAACGUGGUGGGUGCUCGACGGUCAUCCUGGCGCGUAAUAUCCAGCAUAGAGCAGAAGACGGCGGCGGAUGGCAAUGAGAAGAAGCUUGAACUGGUGCGUGUCUACCGAGAGACCGUCGAGAAGGAGCUGGAAUCCGUGUGCCAGGAUGUUCUGACCCUGCUGGACCAGUACCUCAUCAAGAACUGCGACGAGACCCAGUUAGAGAGCAAAGUCUUCUACCUGAAGAUGAAAGGCGACUACUACCGGUACCUGGCCGAGGUGGCCACCGGCGAAAAGAGGGCCUCUGCCGUAGAAUCAUCCGAAGGGGCCUACAAGGAGGCCUUCGACAUCAGCAAGGGCAUGCCGGCCACCCAUCCCAUCCGCUUGGGCCUGGCGCUCAACUUCUCCGUGUUCUAAUACGAGAUCCAGAAUGCGCCCGACAAGGCCUGCCAGCUCGCCAAGGAGGCCUUCGAUGACGCCAUCGGCCACCUGGACAAUCUGAACGAGGACUCCUAUAAGGACUCCACGCUCAUCAUGCAGCUUCUGCGGGACAACCUCACCCUGUGGACCAGCGACCAGCAGGACAGCGAAGGAGGGGACACCAACAACUGAGAGACCGGCCGCAUCUGUGCUCACUCCUAGCUGCAGUAGCACCCGUCUGUCCCAUCCACGAUGUCUUCUCGACUGCUUUAUCUUAUUUCUCUCUUUCGUCUCCCCACUCCUCUCUUUAUUCUACCUUCUUUCUUGUCUCUUUGUGAUGCCUAGAUGCUCUUCUUUGGUUCCUCAGGGCUGCACUUUAGACCCUUUUAUAGUUCUUUCUUCAUGUAGGUCUCUUCUACCUCUUUUCCACCGACAGGGUGCUGGUGCUCGAUCGUGUAAAUUUUAUCACUUGGUAUAAGGACGCUGAAUCUUUAGAUGAGAUGAUCUGGUAACGUGGUCCAUUACAUCAUCACAAUCAAUCUGUCAAGUCAGCACCGGCACGUUUUCUGUGAAAAAUUGGUAUUUGUGUUUUGAUUUCGAAUCUCCCUUUCUCUGUUUUUCUUACCUGUUCUUCUUCCCUUUGAUGAGUCUAAAAAAUAGCCUACUGGUCUCCACGUGACAAUUACUUAUUGUGUACUUGUAAGGACUUGAUCUUUGUAGAAACUCUGUAACACCGAAUGAGGUCUUCAGUACGUGGCACAGUACAGUGCAAAUGUUCCACCAUCUUACCAGUUACAUUCUGCAUCACUUGACCUUGACCUGUACCACCUCCAUCACUGCUUAGAUGUGUUUGUCUGUCGUUCCUCCAUGAAGCUCACCUAAGCUUGUAAACCCUGCUAGCCCUGUGAAUUGUGUGUAUGUCUGCUGAUCUCAGAACAGCAAGUCAUCAUCCAGUAAGUGGGGGGCACGCUGUUAUGAGACGCAGUGAUUCAAGAGUCUUUUGAUUAGGAUUACAAAUGCAAGGUUAUGACAGACAUUAGGUUAUGCAAGGUUAUGACAUUAAAGACAUCGCCUACCAUGGGAA